AUGGGAGGUAACUGGCUUUUAGUUUUGAGUAUCAUCUUGUUGACAUAUGCAGCUCAUGGGUGUCCUGACAAAUGCCUAUGCCAUACAGCAUCAAAGACUGCAGACUGCAAGAAUAGAGGAUUUACUGAAAUUCCUGCCCGUUUACCUGCUGAAAUUCAGAUACUACAGUUGCAGAAUAACCAUAUUUGGAGAAUCAACCAAAAUGCAUUCACUGGAACACCAUUGCUCAAAAUCUUAGACUUGUCUAAUAAUUCUCUCUCAAGUUUGGCACCUGGUACUUUCAGUUUCCUCCCACACCUAAAAGAACUGGACUUGUCAUCCAACAGCAUUGUACGUUUGCCUGAGACUUUUGGAAACAGCACAGGGAAUAUAACAUUGCUGUCUGUUAAGCAUAACAAACUUCAGAAAAUGGAACGAGUUCUGCUGGAGUCACUUCCAAACCUGAAAGUGGUCCUUUUCAAAGAUAAUCCCUGGCAAUGCAAUUGUAAUGUCUUUGGCCUGAAACUGUGGCUGGAGAGCUUUUUAUACAGAGGAGGAAUAAGUGAUGGCAUUAUCUGUUCAACGCCAGGGAUUCGGAAGGGAAAGGACCUCCUCAAAGUUCCCUAUGAGCUGUUUGGGGCAUGCCCUCUAACAACAGCUCACGUUCAUCUGGCUAGCAUUCACCACCAUAGCUUUGAGCACAGAAGUUCUCUGAAGCAUGCUCAUCACAACGAACAUGAGGAAAACAGCCAUUCAAACUGUGAACCCAAACCAAAGCCAAGGCCUGUUAGUUUGCGCCAUGCAAUUGCCACUGUAGUGAUAACUGGAGUUGUCUGUGGAAUUGUGUGUCUAAUGAUGUUGGCAGCUGCUGUUUAUGGUUGUGCCUAUGCUGCAAUUACUGCUAAGUAUCACAGAGAUCAUUUGGCCCCGGUCAGACAGCAUGGGACUCCUGAGGAAAAAGAGCCAUUUGAUGGUUCCUUGGCUUGA